CCAUAAGACUGAUAAGUGAUAACACAUUUGUAUUUUUGCAAUGACUGGAAAGAAACCUGUAGCAAUAAUUAUAAGAAAGAAUGAAGCAGUGUUCAGCAAUGCUCAAUCACCACCAAGUAACAUCAAGCAGAGAGAGGAAUCCAAGCAUAAGCAGAUGAAGGAGUUUAUUUCUAAACAUGCCAUUAAGUUUGCUAAACAUGCAGAAGAAUAUGAAAACUUCAUCAACAAGUUCACUCAUCUUGUUGGAGUUCUUGGUUAUGGUGCCUUCUGCUUCCUUUUAGGUGCAAGACCUCAAGACAUUCCAUGUGUAUAUUGUUUGUUCUAUAUAUUCUUUGUUCCGCUUCGUUGGAUUUACUAUAAGUUCAAGAAAUGGCAUUACUACUUACUGGAUUUUUGCUAUUAUGCAAACGCAAUUUUCGUGGUUGAUCUUCUUUUCUAUCCUCAGAACGAAAGGCUUUUCAUGGUUUGCUUUUCUUUUGCUGAGGGGCCAUUAGCUUGGGCUUUGAUUGUAUGGCGCUGUAGCUUGGUUUUCAGUUCUUUUGAUAAAAUUCUCAGUGUUCUUGUCCAUCUUUUACCUGGAAUUGUUUUCUUUACCAUUCGGUGGUGGAACCCUACUACCUUUGAAUCUAUGUAUCCAGAGGGAUCUCUUCAAAGAGCUACAUGGCCUUAUGUUGAAGAUAAAUCUUAUCUCUGGACAUGGUUGUUUCUAGUACCCUUAGUAGCUUACACUCUAUGGCAGAUUCUAUACUUCCUCAUCGUCAAUGUCUUACUCCGACAGACGCUCUUAAGAGAUCCUGAAGUCAUGACUUCCUACAGAGAACUCUCAAAAAAAGCUAAGAAAGCAAACAAUGUAUGGUGGCGCUUAAGCGGGUUGCUUGGAGAUCAAAAUCGUAUGUUGAUGUUCAUUUUUCUUCAAGGCAUAUUUACAAUUGCAACCAUGACACUGACUGUACCUAUAUUCCAGUCAUAUGAGUUACAUGCCCUCUUCCAAAUACUUAAGGUUUCUGCGUCGGUAUGGAACGGAGGAAGAUUCCUGUUGGAAGUAAUGCCUAGGCAAGCAAUGCUUAAGGAGAAAAAUAAAUCAGAGAGAAAAUAUGUACAAGAUCAAAUGGACCAAUCAAUCACCAAUGCCAAGUGACGGCGACUUCAACAAUGUUGUUCUUGAGACAUCUGAUUCCUGACUUGCUCGACUAGUAAUAUUGAUGUCUUUUGUUCUAGUUGGAGUUCUGCUGUUCUUUUUUCAUGCAAGCAUUCCUUAAAUUGGAUACUUGUAGUACAAAGUGUAGUUAUUGUAGAUAUGUGCCUCCCUCUCUUUCACUAAGGGAGGGAAAGAAAGGAAAGAGGUUUUAAUGUACAUAGGAGGGAAACGAAAAUAGAAGAUUUUAGUUAGAUGUUUGGUUAAAAGGAGAGGAAGAAUAAUGCUCCCUUUGUUUGCUAAACAAAUGUAGAAGGAUAAAAGUUAUCAUAA